AUGUCUUCAUUUAGACCGCAAUCCUCUUAGGUUAUUUCAGUCAGAUCACCCAGUCGAGGUAUGGAGAUUUAACUAGAAAUUAGUUAUUCCUCCUGUCGUUAAUAUGGGGACAUCAUAUGUUAUACCUGCUGCUUAGAAUUUGCCUACUACUGUAAUCGUAAAGGAAAAGAAUCCAGGAUCAUAUAAUAAUGAUAAAGAAGUUGAUGAAAGUGCAAGGGAUGAAUUAGAAUAAUGGAAAAAGAAGUAUUUUUCAUUAGAGGCUCGUUUAGCUAAAUAUGAGAUAGAUAAUGAAAUUGUAAUCUAAUUUGAGUUAUUAUUUAGAAAGAUGAAUUAUAAUCAAGGAUAUUAGGUUCAUAGGAGGAUGUUAAAAAGUUUUAGAUAGAUUUUACUAAAGCACAAGCUGAUUUGGAUAACUAGAAAUCUGAGAUGAAUAAGUUGAUUAUUGAAAAUUAAAAAUUGUUAAAUUAAUAAGUUGAGGUUGAAAGAUUAAAAAAAUUAGUGGCUGAAAGAGAGGAUACAAUAAGUCAAGUAUCUAAUUUAAAUAUUCAUUUAGCUCUUGUAAAAAUGCAAGGAAUAUUAAGAGUAAUUAUAAGAGCUGGAAGCUUUUCAAUAGGCUCUUUAAGAUAUGCAUAAUCAAAAUCAAGGAAAAGAAUAAAUGAUUGAGUCCUGGAAAUAAAAAUACAUUGAAAAUGACAACAAAAAAUAAAAAGAAAUUGAUGAACUAAAAUCCAAACUUGCAGAAUUUAAUCCUGCAGAAGUUCAAAACUUAAAAGAUUAAUUUGAAAGAGAGAGACAAGAAUCGUAAAAUCAAUUAAAAAAGUAACAAUCUGAUUUAGCUGCUGCUCUCAAAUAGCUUGACCAAUGGAAAAUUAAAUAUAAUGUAAUUCAAUCUUAUAUGAUAGAAUCUGGAUCUCUAACAUCAAUAAUUAUCAUCUGCUCAAAAAGAAUCAAUUGCUAGAGUUGAGACUUUGACUUAAGAGUAGAAUAAGUUGUCUACCCAGAUUCAUUAACUUAAUGAGGAUAAAUAAAAAUUGUAAAUUGAACUGGAAUAAACCAAAGGAUAGCUUAAACUUCAUUAAGGCUUGAUUGGAGAAUUAGAGAGGAUUAAAAAACUAUUAUCUGAUAAGAGUGCUGAAUUAUAACAAAUGUUGUAAUAAUCAUAACAAAAAGACAUUGAUUUAAAUAAUGCAGAAUUGACUAUUUCUGAAUUAAAUCAAAAAAUAAAGUCAUUAUCACUUUUAUAGUAAGAAAACUAAAGAUUAUAACAUGAAAUUGAUGAAUCUCAUAGAGAGAAUGAAAAACUUGCAUAAGAGAAUUCUCAAUUAUUGAAGGAUAUUGAUAAAUUUAAACUUUUAGAAUAAGAGAAAUAAUAACUAGAAAGUAAAGUAAGUAUGUUGGCAUCAGAAAUAGAGAGAUUGAAAGUUUAACUUAAAUAAAAAAAUGAAAAAAUAUUAGAAUAAUAAGAAGAUUUGAAAAAUUUAUAAGAAUAGUUAAGAGAAAUUGAAUAAUUAGAAAAUUAAAAUCAAUAAUUAUUGAAGGAAUUAGAAUAAAAAGAUAAAAUCAUUGAAGAAUUGGAAUAAAAAUUAUAAGAACUCAAUAUUCUUGAAUAAAAAUUGGCUGAUGCUAAUAAUAAAAUAUAUGACUUAGAAAACAAAGUAGCUAUGUUGAGUGCUGAAUCUUAAAGAUUGAGAUAUUUGAAUGAUCAAAAAACAGAACAAUUGAAAAAUGCAGAAGAAUAAUUGUCAGAUUUAAAUAUAUUGAAAGAAAAAUUAAGUUAAUUGUAAAACAAAUAUGAUGCAUAACAAUAGGUGAAUUAAAAUUAUUAGGAUGAAUUAGAAAAACUGAGAGGUUAAUCCAAUUAAGCAAAUACAAAUAUUGCUGAAUUAAAACGAUAAUUAGAAGAAUAAAAGGCUUAAAAUAUUGUUCAUAAGCAAUCCAAUUCUGAAUCCGUAAUUGCAGAAUUGCAAUAAUAGCUUAGUUCAUUAUAAUAAAGUUACAAGAAGGUUUCAGAAUCAAAUUUAGCAAAUGAGGAGGAUCCAACUUUAGACUUAUAAAAUAGAUUAACUCUUCUUAAAUAAGAAAACCAAAGAUUAAAUUAAACUAUUUAGCAAAAGAAUUAAGAAGUCUUAAAUCAUUAAUAAUAAAAUCAAAAUUUAUAAUAAGAAAUAUUAGAAUUAGACUCUUUAAAUGUAUAAAUCAAAGAAUUGCAUGAAUCUAAUACUGUAUUAUAGUAGCAAUUAUAAAAUGAGGCAAAAGGAAGAUAAGAAUUGGAAUAAAAAAUUUAAUAAACUGAAUAAGAAAAGUAUGAUUUAUAGAGUAAGUGUGCAAUGUUAUCCACUCACAUUGAAGGAAUGAAAUAUAAAUUAGAAAAGAUGGAAAACGUUGAUGAUCUUAAAAAGAGAAUUUAAGAAUUGGAAGGUUAAUUAGCUGAAAUGUAGGCUCUGGAAUUAGAAAUAGAAAGCUUAAAAGAUAGAAUAGCAGAACUUGAGAAAGAAUUAAAAUUAUGGAAAUAAAAGCAUGAAUCAUUAGAUCAGUCAUAUUAAUAAUUAUAGAUGACUAAAGAAUAGAUGGAGAAUAAAUUAGCUAUGCUUUCAUCUGAAAUAGAAAGACUUAAAGUCUUAAAUAAAAAAAAGCAAGAUGAAAUUGAUUAAUAGAAUUAAGAAUUGAUAAAAUUAGAUUAAGAAAUGAAUGAUUUACAUAAUUAAUUAGAAGAUAUUACUGAAUUAAAAACUUAAUUAGGUUCUCUUGAGAACUAAUUACAAUAAUAAAUUGAUGAUAAUUAAGAUAAAUUAAACGAGAUUACUCAUCUAAAAUAAUAAGUAGCUGAAAUAGAAGGUUUAUUGGUAAAUUAGGAAGAUUUACAAAAUCAAAUAAAAAAGUUAUAAACUGAAUCACAAUCAAAAGAUGAAAUAAUAGAUUAAUUUAAACAAAAGAUAACUUAAUUAGAAAGCAAAAUCGCUGAACUUGAAGAUAUUAAAGUAUGCAAUUGUUAUCAACAUAUUAGUAUAAAUAUGAAGAUAAAAUGGCACUUUUGAGCAGUGAAGUUAAGAGACAUGAGUUUAAAGCAAAGAAGUUAGAAGAUAAAUCUAAUGAAUUAACAACUUAAGUUGAUCAUUUAAAUGCAGAUUUGAAUGAGGCAGAUUAGAAGGUUAUUGAAUUAGAAAAAGUAAAAUGUUUAUUUACAAUUAGGAUUUAGGAUAAUGGAAAUUUGAAUAUUCAAAAUUAAAUAGUCUUUAAUACAAGAUUGAUGAAUAUAGUUUCUUAUUAGUAGUUUCAUUUGCAGAAAUUGAAGCUUUGAGAUCAUAGGUCACUACAUUAAAUGAGUAAUUGGAUGGUCAUCAAAAAACAAAAAUAGCAUUAGCAUUAGCAUAAUGA